CGCCCCGGACGCAGGCCCGGGGGGGGGGGGGGGGCGGGGCCGCGGCUCCGUUUCCGCCGUGGCCACGGGAUGGCGGCGGCGCUGGGACCCGGCGAGGCCGCCGCGGCCGCUCACGCCCUGACGCUGCCGGCCGAGGCCUACGGGAACGACCCCAAUGUGGAGCUGAUGUGGGCCAUGAGGGCCUACCAGCACGCCGAGGUCUACUUCAACCUCAUCUCCUCGGUGGACCCCAAGUUCCUGAAGCUCACCAAAGCGGACGAGCAGAUCUACGGCGAAUUCAGGAAAACCUUUGGCGACCUGAAAAUCGACGUCCUCGACCCCGAGGAGCUCAAAUCGGAGGCGGCCAAGGAGAAGUGGCGCCCGUUCUGCAUGCGCUUCGAGGGGGUGGUGGAGGACUUCAACUACGGCACCCUGCUCCGCCUGGACUGCAGCCAGGGCUACACGGAGGAGAACACGAUAUUCGCCACCAGAAUCCAGUUUUUUGCCAUCGAAAUAGCUCGGAACAGAGAGGGCUGCAACAGCGUCGUCUACAACAGUGCCAAGAAGCCAGCGGCGGCCGUGGCAGAGGAAGCAGUGACGGCGUGAGGACGAGCUCGGCUCCAGCGUGCGCCCGAUGGCAGGACGAGACCACCCGGACCAGGGGCUGCUGCCCCUUUUCCCCAGGGGACAUGAGCAGCGUGAGGCAGGGCAGCAUGGGGCAUCCCGUCCCUCAUGGUGCAGAGCCCCUGGAGCUCAGCCUCCGCUUGCAGAGUGUAAAUAAAGUGUUUUAAAAAACCCCUUCCUCGUGCUGCGGGUGUUGAACGCUCCGGACCUGCUGAUAGUGUCAGAGCUCCGUAGACCUAAAAGCUAAGGAGCCGUCUCUGAACCCACUUUGAUUUCACUGCCGUGGUGUCAGCAGGCUUCAGCACUGCUGCUGGAGGCUUAGAGCCCGAGCGCGAGCCACCCACUCGACUCCAAGGUGCUUUGUGACCCGAUAAAUGCCCAACAAACCCCGGCAAAGCGCGGGCCAGCUCGGCGCGGGGCCCCUCUCCCAAGCACAGGCCAGCCCAGCUCAGUAGAAACCAUUGAAGUUUAUUUGCAGUCACAAUGCUUACACUGUAUGCAGCAAACACCCUUACAAGUCAACCAGCAAUCUGCUCACGCGAAAAAAAGGACCCAACACACAAUCGCCAGAGGAAAGAACAAAAAAAAAAAAGGGGGGGGGGAAAUUAAGAGUUAGGUGGUGUCUGGGAAGAGAAACUGAAACCCUAAGGACUGAGCGUCUGUGGGUAGAGCUGAGCAAGAGAAUGCACACGACUAGCAGCAACAAUAGUGGAAAAAGUACAAGGCAAACAGGUUCCCUCCCCCAUCAGCUUUCCUCUGUAAGUAAAUUUUA